AUGAAUAAUACUCAGCAACCUGUCCGCUUCGCCAAGAAGCCUGUUUCGAGGAAGAGAGCGACUAAGGCGUGUCUCAAAUGUCGCAAGAGGAAGGUCAGGUGUGAUGUCACUCGCACUUCCACGCCCUGUACCAACUGUCGACUCGAUGGCACUGAAUGUGUCGUCGCUCGUCGCGCAGAUGCCUUCCCUAUCUCCAAUCGAUCCUCAUCCAUCGUCUCCAAUGAUAUCCUACGCGAUUGCGAAGCCGUCGCGGCAUCGACGACGUCGCCCUCCUCCAGCCGUGAUAAUCCACAGAGUCCUAUCGAAGACGCGUCGACCACGUUACACACCUUAGAGGAAACAGAGUACAGCUCUUUUGUGCACCGUGAGCGGGCGGACCUCGAGUCGCCGUCCGCGAUACCCGAUGAUGAUAUCGAAGAGAUUGAAGAGAUUGAAGAAUACAUACCUCCGCCGUGCGAGGAGCCGAGCGAACCCGUACGAUCCGAACUAAAAGCCCUAUACUCGUCGAUGCCAUUCCUGAGGACACUUAAUAUGCGCGACUGCGACUUCAAUCACCUCUUUGCUCAGGGCUGUUUACGCGUCCCUUCCAAGCCGAUCCUCGACGAGUUCAUUCGACAUUACUUCCUUUACAUCCACCCGCUGCUGCCCCUCCUCAACGAAGCCGACUUUUGGAAUGCAUACGAUCCUAUACCAUCAAAUACUGCCAAUCCCGGCACACCCGUUUCGAUGCUGCUCUUGCAGUCUAUGAUGUUUGCCUCUUGCACUUUUGUGCCAAAAGAGAGCUUGCAAACUCUUGGCUUUUCCACUAUUCUCGAAGCGAAAGAGUCGUUUUACACCAAAGCCAAGCUUUUAUACGACUUCUCCACCGACCCAGAUCCCAUCUCAAUAGCACAAGCGGCCACACUCUUGACAUAUUGGUGUCCGACUUUCCGCUCCGGACCCCGGAUGCCAAAUAGUAGAUGGCUCAGGAUAGCCAUACAACACGCCAAGUCAUGCGACGCCGAUAAAUACGAUAACCCUUCAUAUGGACUGCACGUGUCGCAGCAAGACAUGAAGAGAAGAAACGUACUUAAGCGAAUCUGGUGGUGCUGUAUUAUUCGCGAUCGCAUUAUGCCGCUUUGUGUGCGGCGGAACAUACAAAUUACAAAUGCUCAGUUCGACUUCAUGUCUUGCACGCCAUUAGGAUACGACGACUUGGUCGACGAGCUUGAGUCAUCACGCGUUUACAACAUUGCCACCAAGCACAAACUCAUUCUUGCGCUUGAGCGGCUCACAGAGCUCUGCGUCACCCUGACGGACAUGCUGGGUUUGGUAUAUCCAACUGAGACAUUGCCAAUUCUAGACGCUGAAGCACACUCAACGGCGUAUGUGCAAGUCCAGGAACACAAGAGAUCACUCAGAAGUUGGGCAGCGGCCACUAGACCACCGCUUGCGAUACAAGAUCUUUCACCGAAUGCGGGGCCGUUUGAAGAUUCUGCAGUGCUGUUUACUAACCUGGUCUGGAUUUAUUUCCAUGCCAGCCAGGUAGCAUUGUCUAAUUACGAGCUACAUCUUGGCCUUGUAUUAGGAAUGAUUACACAAGCAGCGACAUCAGCGCAAGAGACGCAAUUCCUUAAGAACAACCGAAGAGAUUUGAGAAGUGCCACAAAAAGUAUAGCGGAAUGCUUCGCCAGACUUCACCCACAUCGCCUAACGCGUUGGCUACCGAGUAGUGCUGUGGCGUGUACGGCACUUCCACUUGCGAUGCAUAUGGUUGAUAUCAAGAUGUCUUCUGCUUCUUCAGCCGCCGAGAUCUGGGCACGUCCGGAAGUCGCAUCGAAACAAUCGCGGCUCAACGUCCUCAUCCAAGUUUUCAGAGAGCUUCACCCUAAAUACGACGGCGUACACUCUAUAUCGAAGACAAUUCGAUACUUCAUGGGCAGUUAUCUUGAGCCCGAACAGAAGUUACUCACAAACGACCAUGUCGAUGUCUUGGCUCGAAGUCCUACACAAUAUUUACGACUGGCUUUAACAAUUGAUGUGUGUCUUAGCCAAGACCGACUGGCACAAGACAGUGACUUCCCAGCUGCCUUGAGGCGUUUUUUCACCCGAAAUCAAAACCUGAUGCCAAUGUUGUUCGGACAGCCGAGUAUCCCAAUGCCCAUGACGAAGCAAAUAGCACUACCCCGACCGUUAUCACCAGCAACAUACGCGAGGAGUUUCUCUCGGUGGAUGGAAGAUGACCCAUCGGUGGGGUUUGCUCUUCAAAUGGGCAUCGAUGUUGGACCACAGCCUUUGGUGGUUCACGAGGUUACGGAGCGAGCACAGAAAGCCUAUUCAGACAGUACAGAUGAACGAUCCCCAGCAUCUGAGGAGUCACAAAUUUGCGAGUCGGUAGGCAUGCCCGAGACAACCGAGGAUCUACUACAGCGUCUUCAGGGCGCGUCGAACUGGGCGCAAAAUGACCAGUCGUUGUAUUUUGCGCAACAGAUGGGCUUAGUAUCUGAUGGGAUUUCUUUCAAUCCAGGAUUUUUGUAA